GCGUGGACCCGAUGACCUUUCCAAGCCUUGCGCCUCGCAGCCGGGACCUGGUCUGAGCGGGGCUUCCCAGGCAGAUUUUUCUGCCGGAGGGCUAUUUUCUGCGUGUUGUCGCCACUUUGGGUUUUUGCUGGACCCCACGCCCAUUCGCCUGUGAGACCUGGAAGAAAGGGGCAGCUCCCUGCGCACCCCAGCAUCCCGGAAAAUGGGGAGCAAGGCCCUGCCGGCGCCUAUCCCGCUCCACCCGUCUCUGCAGCUCACCAACUACUCCUUCCUGCAGGCCGUGAACACCUUCCCCGCCGCCGUGGACCACCUGCAGGGCCUAUACGGCCUCAGUGCUGUGCAGACCAUGCACAUGAACCAUUGGACGCUGGGGUACCCCAACGUGCACGAGAUUACCCGCUCCACCAUCACCGAGAUGGCGGCGGCGCAGGGCCUCGUGGACGCGCGCUUCCCCUUCCCGGCUCUGCCCUUCACCACCCACCUCUUCCACCCCAAGCAGGGGGCCAUUGCCCAUGUACUCCCAGCCCUGCACAAGGACCGGCCCCGUUUCGACUUUGCUAACCUGGCCGUGGCCGCCACGCAAGAGGACCCCCCUAAGAUGGCAGACCUGACCAAGCUGAGCCCGGGGCUGGGCAGCCCCCUCUCCGGCCUCAGUAAAUUGACUCCGGACAGAAAGCCCUCUCGAGGCAGGUUGCCCUCCAAAACGAAAAAAGAAUUUAUCUGCAAGUUUUGCGGCAGACACUUUACCAAAUCCUACAAUUUGCUCAUCCACGAGAGGACCCACACGGACGAGAGGCCAUACACGUGUGACAUCUGCCACAAAGCCUUCCGGAGGCAAGAUCACCUGCGGGAUCACAGGUAUAUCCAUUCCAAAGAAAAACCCUUCAAAUGUCAGGAGUGUGGGAAAGGAUUUUGUCAGUCUAGAACGUUGGCAGUCCACAAAACUUUACAUAUGCAGGAAUCUCCACACAAAUGUCCCACAUGUGGAAGAACCUUUAAUCAGAGAAGUAAUCUGAAAACUCACCUUCUCACCCAUACAGACAUCAAGCCCUACAGCUGCGAGCAGUGCGGCAAAGUGUUCAGGCGAAACUGCGAUCUGCGGCGGCACAGCCUGACUCACACUCCGCGCCAGGACUUCUAGAAGAGCCCCGGCUCCGGCCCGGGCGCGCCGCUCCCCUCCCCAUGCGCAACUCCCCAACCCUUCACUGACCCCAGCUCUUCCCCGGCUGCAGCCGCACCUGCAGCUCCAAGGAGGGAACUCUUCUGGAGGACUGAGAACUGUAGCAAGCCACGCACUGCGUCCCUUCACCUGUAGAUAUUCACAGCUCAUUUUAGAGCUCUGUACAUAUUGUCGUGGGUCUUUUGUUUUGUUGUUUUGUUCGUGUUUGUAUCUUGUGGGAUGCACCUAGAUAAUGGAAAAUGGAAACCAAGUUUAUCUUUAAGGACUGUAUUUUCAAAAUAAAACUUUUCCUUGUUUGGUUUCAACACUCCUGCCCCAGUGUCUUGCUAAGUUAACUUCUGUUUUCCCUUUGGAUUCUGGAAGGCUGGGCUGUCUCUAAAAAUCCCGAUGCUGAGGGGGUAUUCUUUGUUCCUAACUUUUAAAGAGAAGACUUCUCACGGCUCUCUUACUGAAACUCCAGCCCUUCCCUAUUUGACCGUGGCAUUUAGAAUUGGACAGUGGUGCUGUCUCUUUGUUUUUCAAAGACAUUAAAAUUGAUACU